CUUUUGCAGCCUUCGACAGCAGACAGCUCCUCACACGGUCAGUGUGGCGGCGGCGGUCACGCACCUCAGGUCACUCACACCCACGGAGGCGUUGAGAGGCUGAGACAUGAUUUAAAGGUUAGAGAGGACACAGAGGACUGUGAGGACACGGAGGACAGAGAGGACAGAGAGGACCACUGCUGGACAAACCCACUGUCCAGCACCCCGGGCUCGCGCUUUGUCUGCAGGGAAGAACCUCCUCUGUUCUGUGGCCAUGGAUCCUUUACAGAGUCCCUGUGAGAAGGAAUCACAGUGUGCUGAGGAAGAGGAGGAGGAGGAGGGGGAGGAAGUGGACCCGAGAAUACAGGGAGAAUUGGAGAAGUUAAACCAGUCCACAGAUGACAUUAACCGCUGGGAGAGUGAGCUGGAGGACUGCCGUCAGAGGUUCCGUGCCGUUCUGGUGGAAGCGACGAUGAAGCUGGACGAGCAGGUGAAGAGGAUCGGGCGAGCUGUGGACGACUCCAAGCCGUACUGGGAGGCCCGCAAAGUCGCGAGACAGGCCCAGGUGGAGGCACAGAAGGCCACUCAGGAGUUCCAGCGAGCGGUGGAGAUUCUGCGCGCGGCCAAAGAAACCAUCGCCCUGGCCGAGGAGCGGCUGCUGGAGGAGGAAAGCCGACAGUUCGACUCCGCCUGGCAGGAAAUGCUUAACCAUGCCACGCAGAGGGUGAUGGAGGCCGAGCAGGCGAGAACACGCAGCGAAGCCGAACACAGGAAAACUGCGGCAAACCACAACUCCUGCAUCAGCCACAUGAGGCAGUUAGAGAAGAAGCUCAAACGCUCCAUCAACAAAUCCAGACCAUAUUUUGAACUAAAAGCCAAGUACUACCUACAGCUCGAGCAACUAAAACGCCACGUGGACGAGUAUCAGGCCAAACUGGUCGUGGCUAAAGCCGAGUACCGCGCGGCGCUGCGUAGCCUGGAGACCAUCUCUGAGGAGAUUCACGCGCAGCGGCGCGCCGUCGCCAUGGGAACGCGGGAGCAGGGUGUCGGCGCGGAAGGCGACGAGGACGGCCACGACGACAUCGCCAAUUUCAAAAUGGAGUCGGACGGUCUGUCAAUGGUGUCCGUGUCCAUUGAUGAAGACGGCAGUCACAGCAGCAGCAGCUCAGAGGAGGAGACGACAGACACUCACUCCACCUCCUCUUCCAAAACCACGCCUUCAUCACCAUCCUCCUCCUCCUCCCAUCCCUCCACCUCUGCCUCCACUCCCCUCGACACGCCCCCCUCCUACAUUUCCACGUCUCCCUCACCUCCCGACCUCUCCGCCUCCUCUCCCGUGGGCCUGGAGUUGGGCAGAACCUGCAGCUCUGGCGACCCAGACUCGGUGUGUGGUUCUGGGCACGCCUCGCCUCUGCUGGGCCCUCGCAGCCAGUGCAGUGGAGCCUCCUCUCCAGACUGUGACCAGGAGAGAGGUGACCGAGCAGAGGGAGCAGAGGCCUCACUAGAAGCCGGUCUGAACAAGCUCACAUUGACUGUUUCACCACAAAAACAAGGAGACUCUGAGGACGACCAGGACCAGGACCAGGACCAGGACCAGCACUACGAUAACCAUGAAACCACCACAUCCAGCACUGCCAUCGUGAUCCUCAACAGUGUUUAAUGAGUGACGUCACGUGUGAAAAACAGAGAGAGUUUAAAACACUUGGGAUUUUCUCACCACUGUGAGAAAAGUUAAGUAAACUACAUUUCCCAUAAUCCUCCACGCAUCCUAUUGGAAAUGUUUUGGCCACAUUUUGUUGUAGGAUUGUGAGGAGAACUCGUAACACUGCGGAACUACGGAAGAGUGAGGGACACAUUUAAAAAGAUUUUUGAAAGAAAGUAAAAAAAAAAAAAAAUAAGAUGACAAGAAUUUGAGGAAAAAGUUUGAAUUCUGAGAAUUUUUAUUUAAUUCAUGCUUUUUUUUUCUUCUGUGUGGCACUAACACUUCCUUAUAAAACACUAAAGGGUUAACUUUUUAAUGUGCAUCAGGCAAAAUGAAUAUUUGAUAUUUUUGUCUAAAUUCUAAAAUACAAUGAUUCGAUUUUUUUAAAGAAACUUGUCAAAUGAACAUUUUCACUCUGAAACAGUUGUUCCGGUGUAAUCUGGUCAAUCUUUCUCUGAAGGACACAGACGUCCUUUAUGUUUGUGCCAUAAUGAAAUCCCGUCUCCGUCCAUCCGUAUUAACAGAGACGUGUGGUUUUACUUUUUAUUGACGUUGAAAUGAUAUCGUUGGCGUCGCAAAGAGACGUUUUGUGUUAAAUGUGGACAGUGAGCCUCGUUUUUGCAGCUCUGACUCGUUAUCAUUGUGUGAGUCGUGUGUCAGUGUAGGAGACACAUGGGGACACAUGUGGAGACACGUGGGGACAGAAACCCUCUCAGCACUGAAGACACUUGUGGAAAACAAAUGGUCUUCCAUUGAUAUUAUGAAUGAGUGAGUAAAAUACUACAGCAUAUGCUCCCUUCUGAGGUGAAUUGUUGUGUGACUGGAUGAGUGAAUGACUGUGUGUUUGUCCUGUGUUCAAAUAUCCCGUAGUACAGAUUCUAUAUUUAUACUCCUGUAUUCUUGUAUAUAAACCGUGUUUUGUGGUUACUGUUCUUAUUUAACACAAACAAUAAACAUGUUCUUCAUGUC